AUGGCUACCACCACCACUGAUAUUGUUCACCUCAAUGCUCCGUCUAAUUUUCCUAUCAAACUCACCCCCCUCAACUUUCCUGUCUGGAGACGCCAAGUUCAGUCCACCUUGAUUGGCUUUAAUCUCCUCGGAUACAUCGAUGGUUCUGUCAAAGAACCAGCAAAAUUCAAUGAUACUGAACAAACAACUCCGAAUCCAGCACAUUUGACUUGGUAUCACCAAGAUCAGAUAAUUACCAGUGCUUUACUUGGGAGCUGUUCAGACACCAUACAACCUCUUAUAGCUUUUGCAUCCACUGCUUGUGAUGCCUGGCAACGGCUCGUUGCUAACUAUGCUAGCGCCUCCCGAGGACGGAUCCUUUCCCUCAAGGCCAAGCUUACCAGAAAUCCGAAGGUUAAUCGGUCAGUCACCGCAUUUUUGAAUGACAUGCGGUCGAUAGCUGACGAUCUCGCCCUGGCUCAAUGCCCUAUUUCUAAUGAAGACAUGGUUGUGUAUAUUUUAACACAACUAGGGGAUGAGUACAGCUCCAUCGUGUCUGCCGUUCGUAUUCGUGACAAACCCAUUUCUUUGGGAGAAUUAGUCGAUGCACUCACGGAUCAUGAACGUCAGUUGGCUGAAGUCGAUGAUGCUCGCCAAUCUCUUUUGGCAACUGCUAAUGCCUCCCAGCGUGGUCAUUCGGCUUCCCGAAAUAGUCAGCACUCCACUGCCGAUCGGAGGUCCCACAACAACACCAACAACAAGUAUGGCAAUAAUCGACCGAAUUGGUCGCACAACAGCAACACUCGACCUGGUGUUGUGUGUCAAUUCUGUCACAUUGCUGGCCAUGAGACUCGUGUUUGCCGUAAGUUAGCCCAGUUUUUAAAGGCCCAUAAUGUGUUUCCCGCGCAGGCUCCUACAUUUCCUCAGUCUCAGUCACCUGCAGCUAAUUCUAUUGUGGGAUCGACUACGCCGUGGAUGUUUGACAGCGGGGCGUCUCACCAUGCCACACCGGAUAUGACUCCUCUGCACACUUUCACCGAGUAUAAUGGGCCUGAUGGGAUAUGA